AUGAACGGACAAGAGUCAGCCAGUACAUUGAAUGGAUCAGCAGACAAUACGAAAGCCUUUAUCGAAGACAAAUUGAAAUCAAGUCUUGUGCACGUUUAUGAUGCCACGCGUAUCUCCAACGAAAUCAAGGAUCUUGAAAACAAGCACCAGACACUGCAAGGUUUCAAGCUACAAUUGAGCAAGGACAGCAAUUCGAAUCCUGCGCCUGCUUUAACCAACAUGAGCAAGAAGAUUGAUGAUAUGCAACGAGACAUAAACCAAAAGAAAGAAGAAAUGAAAAGCGCGGAAGCUCAAGUGGUGAUGGGAUUUCAGGAUAUCAUGCAAUGCCUUAUGGGCCACUGCCAGGACAGUCUGAAGACCACACAAGAGUUUAUGAGAACCGCAUUGGGAAAAUUUGGCACGUCUCUUACAGGUGGAUUUGAGACCUCGAUUACAGACAUCAGAAGACAUUUGAUUGAGGUGGACAAUAACAAAAUGGAUGCAAGUGAGAAAGCAGGCAUUCUCGCUACGAUUGAUGCCUUCAAAAAACACAUUGUCGAGCUACAAAAGAACCAAAUCGCCGCCAUCAAGACCGUGACAGAGCAGCAGUAUACACAAAUAUCAGGACAUAUAGAUCAGAGAUUAAAGAACGUGAAUGCAGAGGCAUUAACAGCUCAAGUUCAGAAGCGAGUGGUGGAUAAUCUCGAUGGCAAAUUCAGACAACAUUUGCAAGAACUCGAUAAAGCGCAAAAAGCACUCCCUUCUUUACAAGAGAACAACGGGCAAGUGUCUGAGAAAAUUGUGCAAACUGUCAGAGACGAGGUGAAGAACUAUCUGACACCUGAAACGCUCAAAUCCAUCAUAUCCGCUUUACCAGAAUAUAAAGCACUUCAAAGUCUGCAACCUGAAGCAGCACCUUUACCAGACGCUAUCAAGAAAAUCAUGGUAGAUUUACAACAGGAAGUCGGCGACCUCAAGGCCAAAAGCUUCUCCACACGAGCCUUAGUGAACAGUUUGGUAGAUCGAAACUUGACAUCCACAGAAGCCAUGCAAGCUCGUCAAACAGCCGCCAUCAUGCACAUUGAAGAGAUGGAAAAGAAUAUAAAGCUGAUGCACAACAACAUAUCGAUGAUGGAGACAGUAAUAAGCGUGCAACUGGACAAGAUGGUGAAACACAAUGCCGAAGCAUCCACACCCAGAAAGAGACCUCGAGUUGAUGAUGACUUGGACAUGGUAGAUCAGCAGGACGAGAACAGCAAUAGAGAAGUGUUGAGAAGAAUAGCUGAAGUGGAGUCAGCCCAUCAGAAACUGCUCGACUUUAUCUUGCAAUGGAAGGAUACUGUGUUGGAUGAUAGUUUCCCUGAAAAGCUGAGUAAUGCCUUCAAGAAGAUUGAAGAGGUCUUGCUUAACCACCAAACAUUCAUCGCCUUCCUGACUGACCCAUUCACCACCAGCAAAACUCCCACAGCAAACGAAACUGCAUCGAUUCCUCAAUCAAUAUCACCUCAGUCCACCCUUCACCCUGCAAUGCUUGACGCCAUCUCCCUUCUUGUCAAACAGACUGCCGAAGAAUACGCAUUACCUUUAAGAGAAAAAAUCAAGGCUUUGGAGGAUAAACUGAAUGCAAGACAGCAAUAA